UGCUUCUUCUUUCCUCUUCACCUCUAUAAAGGCUGCGACAUCAAAAUCAGGAGAGGUGACUCCGUUCUGCUUUUCCUCCAACAUCCUAUAGCAGAGCGAGCGGGAAACUGAAAAUUGAGGGAAGCAAGAGAAUUUCGAAGCUCGAUCCUAUCUGGGAUUUUGCUCUUGCUCACUCGAUUCCUCUCUGAAGUUCAUAUAGAAUCGAAACAUGGCGGUCGACCAAGAUCAGCAAUGGCUGCUCGGCUGCUUGACUGCAAGUCUUGACCCUAGCCAGGACGUUCGUUCUUUCGCUGAAGCUUCACUCACUCAGGCCUCUCUUCAACCAGCGCAUUAUGCAGGCUCCAGCAGUCUCUCUGGAUUUCCCUUUGUUAUUAUUGUGGAGUUCUUGACCUACUGUUACCUAGCUGCCGUCUUGUUAAAGCAGUUCAUUAAGAAACAUUGGCGAGAGGACGACGAGGCUUUUGAACAUCCUGUUGUCUCCAGUGACGAAAAGGCUCUUAUUCGAGGACUACUUUUGGGCUCACUUGAUGACUCUCAUAGAAAAAUCUGUACGGCCAUUAGCAUGGACAUAUCGUCAAUUGCCGCAUAUGAUUGGCCAGAAGAGUGGCCUGAGCUAUUGCCAUUUCUCUUGAAGUUGAUUAGCGAUCAAAACAACAUUAAUGGAGUUCAUGGAGCUUUGAGGUGUUUGGCUCUUCUCUCUGGUGACUUGGAUGACAAAGAGGUGCCUGCACUGGUACCUGUGUUGUUUCCUUGUUUGCAUGCAGUCGUUUCCUCUCCUCAGAGCUAUGACAAGUAUAUGCGAGGAAAAGCCCUUUCAAUUCUUUAUUCAUGUAUAUCUGUUCUUGGAGCAAUAAGUGGUGUGUACAAGACAGAAAUUGCUACUUUGGUGACUCCUCUACUUGAGGUUUGGAUGAAUCAGUUUUCACUUAUAUUAGAACGUCCUGUGCAACGUGAGGAUCCUGAUGAUUGGAAUUUAAGAAUGGAGGUUUUGAAGUGCUUGAAUCAGUUUGUACAGAAUUUCCCAUUUCUCAUCGAAACUGAAUUGAUGGCUAUUAUGAGGCCAUUGUGGCACACAUUUGAGUCAUCUCUACAAGUCUAUCUUCGAUCGUCAGUUGAAGGUGCUGAAGAUUCAUAUGAUGGAAGAUAUGAUUCAGAUGGCGAAGAAAAGAGUCUUGACACUUUUGUCAUCCAGCUAUUUGAGUUUCUAUCAACCAUUGUUAGCAGUAGAAGACUGGCAAAGGUCAUUGCCAGCAAUGUCCGGGAAUUGGUAUAUCAGACCGUCGCUUUCCUGCAGGUUACAGAACAACAGAUGCAUACGUGGUCCAUGGAUGUAAACCAGUUUGUAGCUGAUGAAGAUGAGGGUAGCUACAGUUGUCGUAUAUCGGGAAUACUUUUCUUGGAGGAAGUUGUCAAUACUUUUGGUAGGGAAGGGAUCAAUGCCGUUGUAGACGCUGCUGGAAAACGGUUCCUCGAGUCUCAAGGUGAAAAGACAGCUGGUUCUCCGACUUGGUGGAGAAUAAGAGAAGCUGCUCUCUUUGCUUUGACUUCACUUGCCGAUCAACUUGUUGAAGCUGAGGACUUGAGAACUGACCCUGCCAAUUUAGCUAAAUUUGUUGAGCAAUUGAUAAUGGAAGAUACUGGAAUUGGGUAUCAUGAAAUUCCUUUCCUUUAUGCCCGCAUAUUUACAGCAGUUGCUAAGUUCUCCUCUGUGAUCAACCCUGGAAUUCUUGAGCACUUCCUCAAUGCUGCUGUUAGAGCUAUUAACAUGGACGUGCCUCCGCCUGUAAAAGUAGGCGCAUGUCGGGCACUUUUGCAGCUCCUACCCGAUAUGAACCGUACAGUUAUUCUGCCUCAGAUCAUGAAUUUAUUUUCAUCUCUCACUGAUCUUCUCCAACAGGCUUCAGAUGAAACUUUGAUUUUGGUUCUUGAAACUCUUCAACAAGCAAUCAAGGCUGGCCAUGAAGCAUCAGCUUCAAUAGAGUCUAUUAUUUCUCCAGUGAUUCUUAAUGUGUGGGUAGCACAUGUUUCAGAUCCCUUUAUGAGUAUUGAUAUUAUUGAUGUCCUGGAGGCAAUAAAAAAUUCGCCUGGCUGCCUUCAUCCACUGACAUCAAGGAUUUUACCAUUCAUAGGACCAAUUUUAAAUAAGGGUGCCCCAGGUGAUAUAGUGAAAACUAUAUAUGACUUUUGCUUUGAUGCCGUCAUUCGUAUCAUACUCCACAGUGAGGACCAUAGUGAAUUACAGAAUGCUACAGAAUGUCUGGCGGCUUUUAUAUCUAGUGGAAGACAAGAGUUGCUCUCUUGGAGUGGUAACCCCGGUUUAACCAUGAGAAGUUUGCUUGAUGCAGCUUCUAGGCUUCUCAACCCUGAUCUGGAAUGUUCUGGAUCUCUAUUUGCUGGGAAGUACGUUCUGCAGCUCAUCUUGCAUCUUCCGUCAGAGAUGGCACCCCAUGUCCAGGAUCUGGUUGCUGCUCUUGUAAGACGGAUGCAGUCUGCUGAUAUUUCGGGAUUCAGAAGCUCGUUGCUGCUGAUUUUUGCCAGAUUGGUUCAUAUGAGUUUCCCAAACGUGGAUCAAUUUAUCAAUCUGCUUAUUAGCGUACCUGCUGGUGGCAAUGAAAAUUCCUUUGCCUAUGUAAUGACAGAAUGGACUAAACAACAAGGCAAUCGGGAGAUACAAGGGGCAUAUCAAAUCAAAGUCACAUCUUCAGCUCUGGCCUUGCUACUGUCCACUCGACAUUCUGAAUUCGCGAAGGUCAAUGUCCCAGGCACUCCGAUUCAGUCCAAUGGUGGCAUAAAGACGCGCUCAAAAGCUAGAUCUGCUCCUGAACAAUGGACCAUUAUCCCUCUACCCAUGAAGAUUCUGGCUUUACUAGCUGAUACAUUGAUUGAAAUUCAAGAGCAAGUUAUGGGUUGUGCAGAUGAGGAUAGCGAGUGGGAAGAAGUCCAUGAAGGAGACGUUGAAGGUGAGAAAGACAUGCUACAUUCAACUGGUGCCUCUCAAUCCAGCAAACCCUCAUAUGACCAACUUGAAGCAAUGGCUCGAACUUUUGAGAACCAAGAUGAUGAGGAUGGUGAUGAUGACUUACAUGUUACCGAUCCCCUUAAUGAGAUAAAUCUUGCAAGUUACCUGGCUGACUUUUUGUUGAAGUUUUCGAGUGGAGAUCGGCCUUUGUUUGACAAUCUUUGCCAGGGCUUAACACUUGCGCAAAGAAACGUGAUCCAUACGGUACUGAACCGCUAGGGUUGGCGUCAUAAUCCACAAAUUGUUUCUUUGAGUGUUUGUUUUUUUGUCAAUUGAUUGGUUCUUGGGGAUUAAAGAAGUGGUCGCAUCCCUUUUGUAAGAGUGUCAUUUUACAUAAAAUAUUCAUAGUAUUUAUUUAAAGGAAUUUCAAAGAAAGAAUAUCCUCCAGUUUCAUGUUUGAUUAUACAAAAAGCCCUCAGAAUUCA